UAAAUACAUCAACAUAAUACGCAAUCCGAUACACCGAACAAUCAUCAAGAUUUGUGUAAAACAUAUUCUACAGCAACUAUGCCUACUGAGGGAGUCAAGCUGCUGGAUAUGUGGGCGAGCCCAUUCGGAAUGAGGGUAAGAAUUGCUUUACUUGCGAAAGGUGUUGCUUAUGAAUCACAAGAGGAAGACUUGUUUGGAGGAAAGAGUGAUUUGUUACUGAGCUCAAAUCCGAUCUAUCAGAAGGUCCCCGUGCUUUUACACGAUGGAAAGCCCAUGGUUGAAUCUUCCAACAUUGUUUCCUACAUCGAUGAGGUCUGGCCUAAUCCACCGCUGAUGCCUGCUUGUGCUUAUGGCCGAGCUCGUGCAAGGUUCUGGACUCACUACAUUGACGAGAAGUUGUUCAGUGGAGGAAGGGAUAUUUGGCUAAGCAGCGGAGAAGCAGAUCAGUUGGAGGUUGCCAAAAAGGAGUUCAUAGAGAUACUUAAAGUACUCGAGGGCGCUUUAAGUGGUGAGGAUUACUUUGGAGGCGACUCUUUUGGUUAUGUUGACAUCAUGACUAUCGCGAUAGCCUCUUGGUUCCCUGCCGUUGAGAAAUAUGGAAAGUUCAAGGUUGAGGAUCACUGUCCCAAGAUAUCUGCCUGGAUCAAAAGAUGCAUGGAGGUUGAUUCUGUUGCUAAAGUUAUUCCUGAAGCCGAGAAGAUCUGUGGAUGUGUCGCGUAUAUCAGGAAGCUGAAUGGCUUUGCAGAAGAGUAAAGUAGCCAGCUACAUAGCAAAUCAGUGCUUGUUGCAUGAUUUGUCACUCUGUAUGAUCUGCUCAGACUGAUCUUUUCAUCAAGUAUGCUGAAAUAACAAAAUUCGAAUAAUCAUUUUCUUACAUACCAUCCUUUGGAGAGAGUUCAUUGGGAGGAUAUAGAAAAUUAAGGGACAUAUGUAAUCAGGUUUUGAUGUAAUGCAAUACAUUUGAUCUAA